GUCGAUUCCACAGAAAAAGAAAGCGUCUAAACAUCAAACAGCUGCAUCAAUUUCUGUAAGCCCACAAAGUUCACAAGCUGUAAAAGCUGCUCCUGACUGCACCGCAGCAAGCGCCGAUUGUGGAGAGUGCCACGAAUAAAGUUAUGAAGAGUUCUGUUUGCUUUCUCAUUAUUCUCCACUUCACGAUAGGAAGUAAAUACGAAGUAUAUGACGCACAAAACUGCGGUAUACCACAAUCAAUUAACUCUGCGAGAAAAUCAGUGAAAGUCAGGCAUAAAGGAGAUAAGAGCGCCAAGUUAAACGAAGAUGACAACGAUUUCAUGGAAGAAAAGAUAAUGGGAGGUAGACGAGCUGAGAAGGGUGAACUACCGUGGGCAGUGUUGCUUCGCAUCAAAGCAACAGGCUUAUGCGGUGGAACGCUAGUUUCAAGAAGACAUGUUAUUACUGCAGCCCAUUGUUUCUGGAACAGCUCAUCGCAUCAGGAACAGGGUAACUGCAGCGAAGCAGACAUGUAUCCCAUGGGAGUUGUACUAAAUAGUACGGAAGUUUUUGUGGGAGGAACUUGCUCUUCAGCGGGCAGAUUUGGUUGUACCAGUUCAGAUAUUGGCAAAGUUUACAAAGUUGCCCGCGCAUCUUACCGUACUUACUAUGAGCUCGGAUGCAAAGGCACUCGUGACAUAGCCAUACUUCAGUUAACUGAAGACGUACCAAAAACAAUAAAUCAUGUUUGCCUUCCCUUUAUGCACAAAUUGAGGGAGAUAAAAGAUCCUUACCUAAAGCUAAGGACAUUUGGAUGGGGAAGAGACCCAUUGAAUCACUUUAAAAGGCGCUCGCCCUUUCUGCAAAUAGCAGAAUUAGGUACAAGAUUACCGAAGAGUGUUUGCAGCAUUUUCGAUAUAAAAGGUACUUUCUGCGUCAAAUCCGGUCAGCAGCAAUUUUGCGAUGGUGACAGUGGUGGAGGAGUGACUGCAACAAUUAGCGGUAGAAACUACUUGAUGGGGGUAGUUUCUGAGGGACCAGAUUGUGACAAGGUUGCUAAAGAGGGAUCUGAAGAACCACAGGUGUGUACUGAUAUUAUGUACUACAAGAAGUAUAUCCAAAAAUGGAUUGGAGCAAAUGGAGCAAGAAGUGGAAUCAAACCUGCGAAAUCACCGUCUACUCAAACAAUUAUGGUCAAUAGUCCAGCAAGAAUCCACUCACAAAAUGAAAAUAACGGAAAGAAAGACGGUCUUACGCGCGAGCCAUUUUGUCCCGACCUUAGAACCUAG